UUCCAACAAACCAACCUAACCUAAAUAUAAUUAUUGAAGACUCGUCAGAAAUCUGAUGAAAUAAACGGAAUAAAAUGUAUUUAUUCCUUGUAACUACAUUAAUUGGCUUUCUAAGCGUUCAUGUAUCUGUUUUAACAAAAUAUAUCAGUAAAAUCUUUAAUCGAAUACCACAGGCAGAAAGAACUCUCUUGGAAGAACGUCGUGAGUUACUAAAGCAGCAAGCCGCUCUUAGCGUUAGCCGCGAUUUUGUAAAACACUCAAAACUGCAGAGAAAAAUCAAUGCUAUAGAUGAACAAUUGAAAGAAAGUGGCUCAAAAAGAAAUGGUAACAAUUUUAUAUACAAUAUAGGCAUAAAUUAUGGCUGCAACAUAUUGCUCUCUGUGGUGAUGAUAUUUUUAUCGGUAUAUUAUAGAAAAGUGCCGGUUUUUAUUGUUGAAACCAAGUAUAACCUGUGGCCAUUUGGUGGGCUCAUUUCCUUUCCAAAUGACGUAGAAAAUUCAGUGUCAGUUCAUUUUUGGAUGGUGUCUUGUUCGAGCGUUGCUCGGUUAUUAAAAAAUUAGAAUUAAGAUUACAUCGAAUAAAUUUUCUUAUUCAAUGUUA